AUGGUCAACGCAGAUGGUGUACAACCAGUUCGGAAGUGCAGCCCACAAUGCACAAGGGCAAUGCAUCAAGAGCCACCAAGGACUGAGCUGGUUGCUGGGGGCGGCCCAGAAUUCCAUUGUGAUCUCAGCACAGGUGAACAGGAAGAGAAGCCGCCCUUGCUGACUUCUCCGAUUUCUUCAUGCGGUCUGGGCCCUGAAUUCAAAGCCACUUCGUGGACGCUGCCACGUGCCCAAGAAGGAACGCCGGUGACAGCUUUGGAGACCCUUCCCUGGCAGGUCAGCAUCCAAGCUGAAGGCAAACAUGUCUGCGGAGGGGCCAUCCUGAGUAACUGGUGGAUCCUGUCUGCUGCUCACUGCUUCCUGGUAGACAUGACUUUCGAACUCUAUGUCGUGGUCAACUUGCCUGGGGGCAGUUCAGAGGAAAGGAAGCUGGACCGGGUCAUCAUCCACCAGGACUUCAAUGGCGAAAACCUGCACAGCGACAUUGCUUUGAUCCUCUUGGACACUCCCAUAGACUUCACCAAAGACAUGUCCCCCAUCUGCCUUCCCUUGCUGAAUGACCUCAGCAUUUGGCAAGACUGUUGGGUGGCCACAUGGAAACCUACCUCUGAACCAACAGACACGAAUAAGGAACAUCCAGCCAUGCAGAUGCACAAAACAGAAAUGACCCUAAUUGGCACAAAAGCGUGUGCCGAAAAUAUCCACAGCCUGACUGAGAACAUGUUGUGCACCAUCUCUGAAGAAGACACCAAAGGGACCUGCCAGGAUGAGAGUGGGAAUCCUUUGGUCUGCACAUAUGGAAGCAACUUGAAAUGGUUUGUGGUUGGCAUUGCCAGCAUGGGAGAAGGCUGUGAAGCAGAGGGGAGCCCAGCUGUUUACACCAUCGUCGUCAGAUACCUGGACUGGAUUCAAAAAGCCACAGCUACUGAAGGAAAACCAUUUAUACCCGAAGGGGUGGACGAUCUCGCCAUUCGGACAGAACUACCAGCUCCUGAUUCUGAUUGUGCUCCUCUUCCCCUUCGUGCUCUGUCCAAAAUUGCUCUUGUUUUGAUGUUGAUAGUUUUCAGUUUAUAA